AUGUUGUUUGUUCUGCUCAAGGAGCGCACCCGGCUGCACGGCGAGAAGUCCAUGUACCGGGCGGCGCAGCAGCGCAUGCCAGACCCCUCGCGCCUCACGAAAGUGCGCAAGUCGAUGAAUCGUAUCAAGCAGGUGCUGAGCGAGCGGCUAAAGGAGCAUGAGGACCCAACGAUACGGAUGGAGCUCAAAGCCUUCAUCGACGGCAUGUGA